AACAUUUUAUUUUUUUAAAUGGCAAAAUCGGCGCCAAAAAAAUACCGAUUUCCGAUUGUUAUGAACCUAAUUUAUCAGCCAUUCCGAAUAAUCGGUCGACCUCUAGUUGAGGCCUGAACUCUCUGACCUCUGGAUAGAUAUGAUGUUGCCAGCACGUUCAUGCCUCUCCACUGCCCCCCCCCCCCGGCUGGCAACCCCAGACCAUGCCUAGCCUGUGGUACAUCUGCAUCGUUCCUCCCCAGCAUCGGCAGGCCGGGGCCUGUCUCUCUCUGAGGCUCAGCCCUACCCCUGGCUGCCUGUCUGUCACGGAACCUUGCCCUAAUGAAGGCAGAAGGGCUGCUGUGCUACUGCCUGCUCUUCAUCAUUCCUGCCACAGCCAAGGUUCACUAAUUAAGACGCUCGGCCCUGCACAUUAUAAAGCAUCUGGGUCAUUAGCAUGGGGUCAAAUGGCAUUCGGGGGGGGGCACUGUCAUCAACCUGCUGGCUGACCUCUCAUGGCGAGCCAACGGGGUUUUGGCUGCAUCCUAGCCCUGCUUCAUAAUUAGAAUGCAGUGGAUCACUGCCACUGUGUUACAGGUUAGGACCGGCUCCAGAGAGCGACGCACAGGUUAGGACCGGCUCCAGAGAGCGACGCACAGGUUAGGACCGGCUCCAGAGAGCGACGCACAGGUUAGGACCGGCUCCAGAGAGCGACGCACAGGUUAGGACCGGCUCCAGAGAGCGACGCGCACACAGACACAUGACAGACCAUGCAGGGUUAGUUAGGGUGAGCUUUAGACACCGAGUGAUGUGGCUUGUGUUGAAAUGCAAUAAUUUGAUUAACAAUCUGGGAUUCCUGUGUUCAAUGGUACUUAAUGAGAAUACGGUAUUUAUUUGCUCUAGGAGAGGGUUGGGCGCCGACCGUGCCGCUCUGCCAUCAUUUUAUCAUGAUGAAUCACUCUCAUUAGCAGGUCCUGACUCACCUUUUAUUUCAAUUAGCUCCAGAGCCACUGUGGUGUUUGGUAGUGUCAUGUAAUAAAGCAGCAGUGAGCUAUAAGUGCUGCUACUGCAUCUCCUUUCAGAUCGGGGUCUGUUACCACUAGACUGAGGUUUCAGUCGGUGAACUGUGGCUGCACACUAACCUAGUCUCUGUCAAGGGCAUUCCUACUGCCCCUCAAACCCUCAGCGAGCGGCCUGUGAGGUAUUUAAUACAGCAAGGCGGGCUUAUGAGGACACAUACAGAGUGGAGAUUCCGCUCUCUUUCUCCUGCAGGACUUUCUCUCCGUCAUAGUGCGGUGUCUCUACAAAGGGGCUUGUUUUGCAUGGCGGCAUGCGUUCACCUAUCUAUGCCUGUACAUUUAGGCCUCUCUCUGGUUUAAAAUAGAAGCAGUGCCGCGAUCGCAGAGAAAAGCUGUUUGUGGGUGCUGAGGACUGUGGUUGGCACAACUGCACAGGGCUGCUUGUUUACGUCAGAGGCUCCGCCUGUGGGAGAGAAAGGGGAGGGGAGUUUACUAACCUCACGAGGGUCGCAAUUCCUCAUGAGCCAUUCCACCAUUUCGCUGGCAGUUGUGAAAACAAUUCCCCAUCUAGCAUGGGCAGCAGAGCAGAGUGGGCAGGGAGAGGUGGGAUAUUUGGGGUUAGAGUACCUGUGUGCUGGCCUGGGAUCAGGGGUUAUGAGUAGUUGCUAGACAGCCCUGCCUGGUGUUAUGAACACGAUUCUGAUUGUUUCUGUGACCACAUAGAGAAACUAAACUGCACUACCAUAGCUCAGGAGUGUAACUGAAGACAUGGCACAGACUUGGGGCCAGACUGAGUCAAUCAAACCUGCCGGUGUCCAGUAUAUGUUUAAAAAACAACCAUGCCUAUAUGCUAGUGAUGGAGGAAAAAAUCAGUACAUUUACAAUAUUGUCCAAAAAUAAUAUUGGGAUUUAUCAAUAUUUGACUGUAAAAAACUAAAACUAUGAAUAUAUUCACACGUACGUGUAUGUUUUCCUUCUCCUUUAGUUAGCACUAGUGGGCUGUACUUGCUCCAGAAGUUCUGUGUUUUCAACCCAAAGCUUGUUCUCCAUUUCUUUCCUAUUAGUGAGCCAACAUGUCUUCAGCACUUAUUGAUAAACUCGUUUUGUCAUGCUCUCCCUCUGCUGCAGACAUAUGGUGAGCAGUAUGUGUGGAACAUCAAAUCACAAUAAAAUAGAAGUAUCGAAUCGAAAUACAUAUAUAGAAUCGUGAGAAUCUCUCUUAACCGCAGGUAGCCUAGUGGUUAAGAGCGUUGGGACAAUAACCGAAAGGUUGCUGGGUCGAAUCCCCGUGCCAACUAAGUGAAAAAUUGGUCUGCGCUGUUGAGCAAGGCACUUAAUCCUAAUUGCUCCCGUAAGAGCGUCUGCUAAAUGACUAAAAUGGCAAUGUAAAUAUUGUAUUGGCACUUAGUGUCAUUAUUUAUUUUAUUGCCAGGUCCCUGGCAUUUCCCAACCCGUCUAUAUUCACAUGAAAAAUGGGAAGCAUCCACAUGUUAUGGGAGCCCUGGUAUUUUGAAAGUACCAAAAACCAGUCUGCAGUGUACAGUUUCACUACAGGAAAUAUGGAACUAAUUUGAUGCUUAGCUAGCUGCCAGACAUGUUUGUGUAAUUAGUUAUGCUCAACCAACCUCAUUGUUAGUGUAAUUUCCAAAUGUGAGUAGCUGGACUAAAAACUCUGCUUCUUCUUCAUCUUCUAGGUUUCACUCAGACAGCUAGAUCGCUGAAGCCCUGAGCUGGGGGAGCCCUGUCCUCAGCCUCCACUCAACUCACCUGGCUUGCAUUUUACCCAUCAACCCCCUUCUACCACGCAGACUCGCCGCAGCCCAGCCUGUCGUCACUAUGACGUCGGAGCUGGAGAGUAGUCUGACCUCCAUGGAUUGGCUGCCUCAGCUGACCAUGCGGGCAGCCAUCCAGAAGGCUGAUGCCCAGGGGCACCACGGGGGGCCGGGCAUGGGCAAGAAGAGUGCAAUGCUGGACCCCAACACCACUCUGGACCAGGAAGAGGUCCAGCAGCACAAAGACGGCAAGCCGCCCUACAGCUACGCCAGCCUCAUCACCUUCGCCAUCAACAGCUCGCCUAAGAAGAAGAUGACCCUGAGUGAGAUCUACCAGUGGAUCUGUGACAACUUCCCCUACUACCGGGAGGCAGGCAGCGGCUGGAAGAACUCAAUACGGCACAAUCUGUCAUUGAACAAGUGUUUUCUCAAAGUGCCUCGCUCCAAAGAUGACCCAGGAAAGGGCUCCUACUGGGCCAUCGACACCAACCCAAAGGAGGACGCCCUGCCCACACGGCCAAAGAAGAGGCCGCGGUCCGGAGAGCGGGCUUCCACACCGUACACCCUGGAGUCGGAGUCUUUGGGAAUGGACUGUAUGAUCUCUGGAAGUGCCUCUCCAACUCUGGCAAUCAACACUGUGACUAACAAGGUGGCAUUAUACAACCCAGACCAGGAUGGGAGUGACAGCCCAAGAAGCAGCCUUAACAACAGCCUGUCUGACCAGAGUCUGGCCUCCGUCAAUUUAAACAGUGUGGGCAGCGUGCACAGCUACACACCGGUGACUAACCACCCAGAGCCGGUGUCUCAGUCGAUGAGCCUCCAGCAGCCCCUCCAGCCCCAGUACAACAUGCCAGAGAGGGACAAGCAGCUCCUCUUCUCCGACUUUGAAGAUCUCAGUGCCUCCUUCCGCAGCCUUUACAAGUCUGUCUUUGGGCAGUCCUUCAGCCAACAGGGUUUGAUGGGCAUGCCAACGGAAUCGUCCCAACAGACCCACACCUCCUGCUCCUAUCAGCACUCACCCAGUGGCACCAUUAGCACCCAGAACAGCCUGACAAACAACCACUCCAGCAGCGGUGGCCAGGUGCCCCUGUCCCACCCUCCCCAGCUCCCUGGCCAGAACGCCCACCCGGGCCACGGCUCGCCCCACACACAGCACAUCUCCCAGCACGGCCCACACAACCAACAUGGCCAGCACAACCAACACACCCAGCACCAACACCCACAGCACCCACAGCACCCCCAUCACCCUGCACACUCCCAGCAUGGUCAGCACCCAUCACAGCACACGCCGCACCCCUCCCAACACGCACAGCACACCCAGCACCCCUCCCAACACUCACAGCAGCACGGCCAGCACCCCUCCCAGCAGCCGCAUCAGACUCUGGCUCACCAGCCCCAUCCUGCCCAGCAACAGAUGGCCUGCAACACGGGUCUGCCCUCUGACUGGUACCCAAAUCUGGACGCACUGAAAGAGAGCUGCCGUAUUGCCAGCAGUUAUAACUGGGCUGAUGUCGACCUCUCACCUUUUCAAGGACUGAAGGAGAGCAUGAGACUAGCAGAGCAGAACAACUGGGCCCUGGAGCCCACACAGAUCGCAGAUCUCUGCUCAUCUAUCAACCAGUUCUUCGCCCGUACCGGUGUCAUUCAGCCACAGGGGGCAGUGCAGUCCGUACCCGUAUGCCAUGGCUCCAUGCACCCCAACAAGCCCAGCCAGCACAUGGCCACAGGAAAUCUCUACAUGGACUCAAGACAGAGCAUGUCUAUGAUGGGCCCCCCAGGAUACCCCCACAUGCCCCCAAUGAGCAGCGCAGGUCCCACAAUGACAGGACACCAUGCGCAGAUGAACCAGCAGCACAUGAUCUCUCCCAGAAACUUCCAGAUGCACCGCAUGCCAGCUGAUGACAUCCAGGAUGACUUUGACUGGGACUCCAUUGUCUAAUGUUAGAUGUUCUGCCCCUAACAAGGAACGGUCAGGUGGUGCAGAGCAGGUGGAAGUAGGAGGAAGAAGCCAGGCUGAGCUGUAUGCUCUAGCAAGGAGACUGACUGUUGCUGGUGGGAUACAGAACAGAAGAGCAGAUGUUGUUUUGGGAGGAUAGAGGGAGAGACUUCAGAGUGCUGCCAUUUUUACAAACAAAAUGAAACAUACAAAAUAAAUGUUACUUUGAAGACAAUCAUAUUUACUAGGACAUGUUUAAGUGGUGGCUUAUGUGCUUGUCUUGACCAGGCAAGUAGCACACGUUCAUGUCGAAACAAAUCCUCCAGUCCUCGUUCCUCAGCCAUCCCCCUCCCAGCCAGCAGCUUUCCAAAGUUCCCCCAGCUCCCUCCGUAACUGUUGUGUGAUUUGAGCGACUUUUUCCGCUUGUUAUCCUUCUCGUGUUGACUUUAGGCCUCGGCUGCCUCUUGGAUGAGUUUCUCUCUUUAUUCGUUUUUAUUAUUUUAUGGAAAACGCAGGCCGCCUGUGGUGCUUGUUGGUUUGCUUUGGAUGGAACCCCAUUAGUGGGUGUAUUGGUAGGAAGGUUAGGAUCCCCAUUAGUGGGUGUAUUGGUAGGAAGGUUAGGAUCCCCAUUAGUGGGUGUAUUGGUAGGAAGGUUAGGAUCCCCAAUAGUGGGUGUAUUGGUAGGAAGGUUAGGAUCCCCAUUAGUGGGUGUAUUGGUAGGAAGGUUAGGAUCCCCAUUAGUGGGUGUAUUGGUAGGAAGGUUAGGAUCCCCAUUAGUGGGUGUAUUGGUAGGAAGGUUAGGAUCCACAUUAGUGGGUGUAUUGGUAGGAAGGUUAGGAUCCCCAAUAGUGGGUGUAUUGGUAGGAAGGUUAGGAUCCCCAAUAGUGGGUGUAUUGGUAGGAAGGUUAGGAUCCCCAAUAGUGGGUGUAUUGGUAGGAAGGUUAGGAUCCCCAUUAGUGGGUGUAUUGGUAGGAAGGUUAGGAUCCCCAUUAGUGGGUGUAUUGGUAGGAAGGUUAGGAUCCCCAUUAGUGGGUGUAUUGGUAGGAAGGUUAGGAUCCCCAAUAGUGGGUGUAUUGGUAGGAAGGUUAGGAUCCCCAAUAGUGGGUGUAUUGGUAGGAAGGUUAGGAUCCCCAAUAGUGGGUGUAUUGGUAGGAAGGUUAGGAUCCCCAUUAGUGGGUGUAUUGGUAGGAAGGUUAGGAUCCCCAUUAGUGGGUGUAUUGGUAGGAAGGUUAGGAUCCCCAUUAGUGGGUGUAUUGGUAGGAAGGUUAGGAUCCCCAUUAGUGGGUGUAUUGGUAGGAAGGUUAGGAUCCCCAAUAGUGGGUGUAUUGGUAGGAAGGUUAGGAUCCCCAAUAGUGGGUGUAUUGGUAGGAAGGUUUACAAUAACUGAGGUUAUGUUUUGAACAGGGUGUUUUGCAUUGAACUAGGCUUCACAUAAAGAACACAAAUGCUUUAUCAUAGAGCGUUGUCCUUUAACCAACACAUCUGGCCCAUUUUUUGUUUUUUAAGCUAAUUGUGUACAUUCAGAAACAUUACCGGCAGUAUUUGUUGUGGUUUUGUGUCUAUUCUGUUAACAAUGUCAUACCUUUAUCUCCAAUACUCCAAGACUGAAACUGGUAGAUGAAUUCCAGACCUCAUCACCCCCCUUGUCUGGCUUUUUUUUUUCCUUUGUCAAAAUAAUACUUAGACUUAAAGUAGUCUCAUUCUCAAUCACUACAUCCUUCCACUGGUCCCGCAAUCAAUGAGAUUGAUUAUAAUUUCCCUGUACUAGUGUUUUAAGGAAAUAGUUUGUAGUUAAUACACAAAAUGAAUGAGUACAAGUAUACACCUGUAGGUGUCUUUUCAUAUAUUAAACUCAGUGUACAUGCAGCACAAUGAACUGUAGGAUAUUUUCCUGUUAUCUUCUGAUGCAGGAAAUGUACUGAUAUAACUUAAUUACUACAAACAAUAGGAAUGUUCUUCAUUCAGAUGCUAUACGUCCCAAGUCAUCAGAAUCGAUCUCCCAAAUAUCUUGGUUGUGACCGUCAGACUUAAACUGCAAGGCAGAAAAUAUGCUGAAAUACCAUAUAAAAAGGGAACGAGGUGUGUGUGUGUGUGUGUGUGUUUGCCCUAAAAUUACAAUCAUCUGCAUAUGCUAUCAAUGAGCACAAAACAGAUACAGAAAAAAGAGAUGAAAGCAAGGGUUCAAGGCAGAUGUGCAUUUUGCAGGCAGGGUUUCUUAAGUUGAGAAAUGAGCUCUGUCUGGUCAACAGCCAGGUGGAGAUGGAGGAUGGGAGACUAGAGGUUCUGGAAACACUCCUGUCCUCUCUGUCCCUCUUUGUCGUCUUAAUCAGACUGGCCCUGAACCCCAAUCAUGGUGCUGCGUUAAACCUGUAUGGGAGCAGCACAGUUCAUCUUCCCUUUUUCAUUUGUUCCUCCACUAUUGGCCCUUAGAUAAACUAAAUCUUUGGCUGGAUUUUGUUUUACUCCAUUUCUGAAAAUCAUGACAUAGUUUUGUAAUAUCACAUAAACACCGCUGGGGCCAGACACCAAUAUGUCUCUUGUGACAGUGUACAUGUGUAGAUACUGAACCGCCAUUGUCCUUUUGGAACAGGAGGCAGAAGAAGAAGGGAAGCUUGGCUGGAGCUAGUGCUAGUGCUAGCUCUUCUCACAGCUAGCUAUACUGCCAAGCAUAUCUGCAAGGUUUCACAGAUCUUUGAGCAGCCAGUUCGUUAAUACUGCCCAUUGUUUUGAUCUUAAAUGUUUUUUUCUUUCUUUUCCUUUUUCCUUUUCUUACUUCUGCUACUUUUACCUGUACUGGAUUUUCGGUUAGAUUCCCAAAUGUUCAUUGUAUUUGAAAGCGUUGUGUGUGGCUGAUUGUCCUGCCUGUGGAUACCCAUUGAGUGUUUAGUCUGACUGACAAAAUCAGUCAGUCAGCCAGCCAGCCAGCCAUUUAAAGCACAGUCUGAUUGCUCAUUCAGUUAAAAAGCCAAGAUCACUUAAGAUUGUCAAUCAUUGAGCCCUUCAUUAGUGAAGGAGGACUACUUUAUGGAGAAAAGAUCAGUGUAGUGAUUUUUAAUUGACCAUUUGAUUGCUAGUUGAAGUCAGUGUGGGUGCUGCAGACUCUGGGACUCACCUAAGGAAUGGGUGUUUUGAGGAACACAGUGAGAAUAUGGAUAUAAAAGUGAUAGGGAAGUCUUGGCAGCCCAUGGUUUUGUAUGUUGCAUUUCAUCACUGGUAAUGAUGAAGGCACUAAUGAAAAACUCUCGGACAGCCUUAGGGUAUGUAGUAAAUCCACCCCCACAGCUCAGAGGAGAUGGGAUGGGCUGGAAAGAGCUCAUGGAUGUGAUCAGAGGUAAAGAGGAAGGGAAAGACGAUGACUGGAUCACCCUCUUAACUGUGUGUGUGUGCUUGUGUGUCUGUGUGCGAGUGAGUACAUUUUGUUUAAAAAGACAACUCAAUUUUUUAAAUACUGCUGGAGAUGUACCUGCCAGAGAGAUUACUAUGAUAUGAAAAAAGAAAAUAAGCCUUGUUCGCUUGUUACAUUAUGGAGAAAACUGCCAAGAAGUACUGCUGAUUGAGGCCUAUUUUAUUCAGUGCUGGUGUGUUGUUUUGCUUCUUGUAAAUAAAUGUCUUUUCAGUCAUCCCUUUUCCUCUUGGGGGCGGGGCAUCAAGGCAAGGGGUUGGUCUUACUCAUGAGAGGGAAAAGAAUAGAGUAUUUUGUUAUUGUCCAAUCAGAGGGUGAGACCGUAUGUGUAUAUAUCUAUAUUGUAUAUAUGUGAUGAAAAUGUGUUGGCUUUUUGUGACACUACCUUUUACCUGUACUAUGGUUCUACAUUCAGUGUUUCAAUGUUGAUAAUAUAUAUUUUGUUAUGUUUUUCAGUUUUUGAUUUUGUCUUUGUCAUUUCUUGUAUUUGUUUUCUUUUUCUCCUUUUUGUCCUCUUGGUUAUUGCACGGUUUAUUACUUUUGCUGUCCAAUGAGGUGAUACAGCUACUCUUUGUAUUGGUUUAGUGCUGUAAAAUAACUUGUUAUUAGAGUUGUCGAUACCACCCCCAUCCCCAAUAUGCAUGAAUGGCACUUAAACAAAUAAAAUGUUAACUUCACUGUGGAA